GUCAUUGUCAAUUCAAUUGUCAUUAUUUAUGAAACGAGCCGUGAAAUCAAAAUUAUUUGUUUAGAUUUCAGUGGUAAAACAAACGAUUCAUAAAACUAUUGAACAAAAAUACUAAAAACAAAAUUAAACUUUGUUAUUUUUAUAUUUCUUGUGAGUUUUAAUAUGGGUCUUGAAAACAUGCGUCGUUGGCCCAUGUAUAUUGUGUUUGGCGUUUGCAUUUUUUUAGUUUUAUCAUUGCUCAAUAGCUGGAGCUUGGAAGGGGCCCUCCAAGAUCGUAUUGGAGAAAUGAGCUUACAAAUACAGGACUGCUCACACAAACAGUCGUCCUGUAACACUCAAAACAUUGCAUUAGCAGAAGAUAAAGAAGUUUACAAGAACAAAGUGAGUGAAUUACACAAACAGAAAUCUAAACUUAUUCCGGAACUAGAUGGCUACAAAAACACGAUAUCUAAGUACGAGUCAAAGAUCAACCACACUCUGGUCGAUGUAGACCUGUGCAAAACUGAGUUGCAGUCUCUUAAGAAUCUUCAAGUGAGUAAAUCUGCUACUUUAGAAACAUUGAGAUUGGAGAAAGAUACUUUGACGACACAGCUAAGUGAAAGAAAGCAAAAGAUAGAGGAGCUAGAGAAGGAAGUGGAAAGAUUGAAGUUAUCUUUAAGUACCAAGAGUGCUGCUGCACCGGUGGUUUCGAAAGUGACUCCGGCGGCGCAGGUUCCAAUACUGAACCCAGUGUUGAAUGCACCCAUCAACGAGCCCGAGCCCAUGGGGCCUAAUGAUGCCAAGGAGGAAAUGGAAGACAGCAAUGCACUGAAUGAUGGCAAUGAGAUGGAUCCCAGUAUACAAUAGUGAACAUUUCAAAUUAUUUUUAAGUUUUGGACUAUGGAAUUGGAAAGUAUUUUAUCAGAAUAUCAAUUAUUUUAAAGAAGACUAGGAAUUUUUGAGUUUAAAAAUGAUGGUAACAAAAUUUUACAAAGCUAUAAAUUGAGCAUGUUAGGUAGGUAUGUGUGUUUAUUCUUUUUUUUGUAUUCAUUAGUUUUAAAAACAAUACAGCAAUAGUGCUAGUCUUAAGAAUUAUGUGAUCUACUUUCAUUUCAUACAGUAUUAGAUUCCACAUUAGAUCUGAAUAUUUUGAAUCACUACCUUCACUCUUGUUGUAUGUUAUAUCUGUAAGAAGUGCUGUAUCAAAAUUGUCAUCUAAAGAGAUAUAUAUCCACCCAUAGGGCUAACAGUUUGAUCCUCAAUAUCAGACUUGGUAAAUGAAUUCAGUAAUAUUUUUUCCUUAUAUAAAUGGUGGUGGAAACAUAAUAUCUCUUUUGCAGAUUGUACCUUUAUUUUCAAACAAAUGUGACCAGUGAAUUUCAUUUACAAUAAAUAAGUACAAGGAGCAUACUACUGCUUAAGCAUUUUGGUACUUUAUACAAGUGUGUAUAAGUACCUUCCUGAUUAUUGUUCAUUCAUAAUUUUAUUAUUGUAUUCUUUAUUUGAUUACACAUAUUAUUAUAUAUUUUGCAUUUUUGUUAGAAUUUAUGAAUUUACUAGUGCCAUGCACAUACUACUGUAUUAUCAAUCAUCACAUAAUAAUAAUAUUGUUUUUGUGUCCAAGUCCAACUAACAUAAAAUUUUGUAUUAAAUCGAAAAGUACCUACUUGAGUACAGAGUGCCAAAUAAUGUCUUACCGGAAAUGGUUAGUUUGAUAAUAAAAUUAAUGACAAUAUGUGAUUGGAAGCAGACUGCCAGGCAGUGUAUUGCGUGGGAUGUAGGGUAAAUAAAUAAUUUGUAUGAUUACAAUAAUUGUGUACCUUC